UGUUUAUGGCAACAGGAGUAAGAGGGGCGUUUACAGAUGACGUCACUGACGUUUACACCAAUCGGAGAGGAAAUGUUUAAGCCCCGCCUGCAAACCCGGCUGGGAAAGCACAAUAUGGCGGCGCUGUGUCUAGGAACAGAAAACGGGGGAGAUAACCUGGGAUAGAUGGUGUAGCUGCGCGUUUCGUGUAUCUCUGUAUCCGCCGCCGACUGAUGCUGAGGCUACAGGUCACCGACAGAUGCAAUUCUUUCUUUUCGUGUCAAAAUGGACAAGAUUUUGGAAGGGUUGGUGACCUCUUCCCAUCCUUUAAAUCUGAAGAAAGUUAUUGUCAAGAAGGUUGUUGAAUCUGCUGAGAACUCGAUCAAUGAGGAGCAAUGCAAGGCUAUGUUCUCCCUGACUACCCGAUUAAUACUGGAGGGUGAAGAUUGCUUUCAGAAGAAAGUUGGGCACCAGGUUUUGGAAGCAUAUGCAAGAUAUCACCGUGCAGAAUUUGAGAACUUUUUCAAUAGAAACUUUGUCCUAACCCUCUUACAAGAAGGUUAUGGCUCCUUAGACCGGAAGGAUGUGGCGGUCAUUGACUACAUCCACAGUGGGCUCAGGUUCAUCAUGAGCUGUCCUUCAGUUCUGGACAUUUUCGCUGUUCUCCAAGUGGAGGUUCUGCGGAUAGUUUGUGAAAGGCCAGAGCCAUUGUUGUGUGCGAGGUUGAGUGAGCUCCUAAGUGACUUUGUACAAUGUGUUCCAAAAGGUAAAAUGUCAGUUGCCUUUUGCCAGCAGCUUGUAAGAACAAUUGGACAUUUCCAAUGUAUUUCAACACUGGAAAAGGAACUACGGGAAUAUGUGUCUCAAGUCACCAAAGUCAGUAGCCUGCUACAAAAUAUCUGGAAGGCUGAACCAUGCACUUUACUUCCAUCCCUGCAAGAAGUGUUUGCUAUUAUUUCUUCCACAGAUGCUUCCUUUGAACCAUCUGUUGCCUUGGCCAGUCUGGUGCAGCAUAUUCCUUUACAGAUGAUCACUGUCCUCAUCAGAAGUUUGACCACCGAUCCUAAUGUGAAGGAUGCAAGCAUGACUCAAGCUCUGUGCAGGAUGAUUGACUGGCUUUCCUGGCCUCUAGCACAGCAUGUGGAGACAUGGGUGAUUGCUCUGCUGAAGGGACUGGCUGCCGUCCAGAAAUUUACUAUUCUCAUCGAUGUCACAUUGCUCAAGAUUGAAUUGGUAUUCAACAGACUCUGGUUUCCUCUGGUGAGGCCAGGUGCUUUGGCUGUUCUUUCUCACAUGUUGCUGAGCUUUCAGCAUUCUCCAGAGGCUUUCCACAUGAUUGUUCCUCAUGUUGUUAACUUGGUUCAGUCCUUUAAGAGAGAUGGCCUCCCCUCCAGUGCAACCUUCCUUAUCCAGUUCUCAGAAUUGAUGCACUGUAUGAUCUAUCAUUAUUCUGGAUUUCCAGACCUGUAUGAGCCUAUUUUGGAAGCUCUUAAGGACUUACCAAAACCAUCUGAAGAAAAGAUUAAACUUAUUUUAAACCAAAGUGCCUGGACAUCUCAAUCCAAUGCUUUAGCAUCCUGUCUACCCAGGCUGUCGGGGAAAUCAGAGACUGGAAAAACUGGGCUGAUCAACCUAGGGAAUACAUGUUAUAUGAAUAGUGUCUUACAAGCACUUUUUAUGGCUACAGAUUUUAGGAGGCAGGUGUUGUCACUUAACUUGAAUGGGUGCAACACAUUGAUGAAGAAACUCCAGCACCUUUUUGCAUUCUUGGCUCAUACCCAGAGAGAAGCAUAUGCACCUCAGGUUUUUUUUGAGGCUUCUAGACCACCUUGGUUUACGCCACGAUCUCAGCAAGAUUGCUCAGAGUACCUUCGAUUUCUUCUAGAUAGAUUACAUGAAGAGGAGAAGACUCUUAAAGCCCUGUCCUCAAGGAGUCCGGACACUAUGAUCUCUGAUAGUAAUAUGCAGCCUUCUUCUCCUUCAGGCGCUGAAGUCUUUCUCCAUCCACAGAGCACAGGCUGGAGAAGUGAAGAUAAGACCCUAAUAGAAAGCAUGUUUGGAGGAAAGCUUCAAACUAAUAUUUGUUGCUUGAACUGCAGGAGUACAUCACAAAAGAUAGAAGCCUUCUCAGACCUUUCUUUAGCAUUUUGUCCUUUAGCAGCUGACACACCUGCGCAGAACGUGAUCUCCCCCACAGAAAAAGAUGAUGAUUGUAUAGAGAUUGAUGUUGCACCAGAAACUAAAGCGCCAAGUAUAAAUGUUCCCUCAGUUGAUGAAGGCAGCAAAGACCCCACCAAGCUGAAAUCUGCUGGGUGUGAAAUGCAGACCAAUGGUCCCCUUGUAUUGGACACCCCUGCUUGUGAAAGCACUGUAGAGUGUGCUAAAGACUCUUGUAGAAACAGCAGGCGAGAUAAACCGCUCUCUGUAACAGACUUGUUGAACUAUUUCUUAGCUCCCGAGAUCCUUGAUGGAGAAAAUCGUUAUCAUUGUGAAAAGUGUUCUUCCCUCCAGAAUGCUGAAAAGACUAUGCAAAUCCUGGAAGAGCCAGAAUACCUCAUACUAACUCUUUUAAGAUUUUCAUAUGAUCCGAAAUGUCAUGUGAGGCGUAAAAUUCUGGAUAAUGUGUCCAUUCCGCUGGUACUUGAGCUGCCAGUAGAAAGAACUACCUCAGUGGUUUCUCCUAAAGAUUGGAAUAGAGAUGUUGACAUUCCUGAUGUUGGAGAAAACUUGGCCAAAAAGCUUAAGCCAUCUGGCACUGAAGAUAAAAGCUGCUCACAAUUUAUACCUUAUGUUUUAAGUUCCAUUGUGGUCCAUUCGGGUACCUCUUCAGAAAGCGGCCAUUAUUACUCAUAUGCUAGGAAUGUCACUAACUCAACAAGGUGUAUCCAACCGGAGAAAGGCAGCUUAUCGUCUCAUCAAAGUCAGAUAGUAGGCAAGGAAGCAUGCAACUCUGUUGUUGGAAAUGAAAAGCUGUGCAACGAUUUGUCAAAAGAAUGGUUUCUGUUUAAUGACAGUAGAGUGACUUUUACAUCGUUCCAGUCUGUUUUAAAUAUUACAAGUCGCUUUCCAAAGGACACUGCUUAUGUGCUGAUAUAUAAAAAGCACAGUUCUGGUGAUAUAGAGAAUUUGCAGUCUACUUCUGCACAUGGACUGUGGGUCAAUGGAGAGCCCCCGCUUCAAAAGGAGCUCAUGGAUGCGAUUACAAAGGAUAAUAAGCUCUAUUUACAGGAGCAAGAACUUAAUGCACGCGCACGGGCUCUACAAGCAGCAUCUGCUUCCUGCUCCUUUCGACCUAAUGGUUUUGAUGACAAUGACCCACCUGGGAGCUGUGGUCCUAGUGGAGGUGGUGGAGAAGGAGGCUUCAGCACCAUUGGCAGACUUGUCUUUUGAAUAAGACAAAAUGUCUUUACAUUGUCCAAUAUGCACUGAUGAGAAAACCACACUGGCCGAUGACUGUGUAGUCCAAUUGUGACUGUGACAUAUCACAUUUUACUAAACAAAUACCAAUCUAUUACAUUGAUGGGCAGCUUCUUGUUUAUAUUCACAAGAAUUAUGAACACUUGAAUGGAUAUGCAUCAGUGCGUCCCUAAGAAGAGAAAAAGCUGCCUAUGUGGAGAACAUCUGCUGUGUAAAUGAGGGAAAGUUCUGUAUGUGCCUUGCAGUACUGUAAAUCAAAAUGAGAUUCCUUUGGAUUGUCUCGUGUGAUAAGUAUUCUAUAUUGUUAAUAUUAUGGAUUGCAGCUUAAAGUUUACUUUAUUGCCGGAGUAAAAAAGUGGUUCCAUAAAG